AUGCUGGCCAGAGAGUGGCGGGCGGCGGCUUUAUCAAAGGUUUUCGCGCUUCCAAGCACUAAAUUUCUCCACGGUGGCAAAGACCUUUUCCGGCCAUUAAUUUCUCUGGUGGCAUAUAAGAAAGACACACGUCUUGCCGUCACAAAUACGUAUCAGUCACAAUUGUUUAGUGAGACCAACAAUUAUUGUAACACUAUUUCUCCACAAAGAAAUGAGUUUGACACAUUAUGUUUUACAAAUAAGUCAACAGUUCAGUCUAGCAGCAGUUCUCUCUUUUCUACUCCUAUACCAAAUGAACCAACAAAAACUUUGAAAAAAUGUAAAUUACCCAAAAAAGUUGUGCAUUCCUGUACUUUUGAUUUCAAUCAAUAUAGCUUAUUAGAAGCUAUUGGUCAUCAACUGUGUAAGCUAUCAGCUGAUAUGAAUAAAGUAAAGUCCAGUGUAAAUUAUGUUAAACAAGAUGUUACAUCUUUUAUUCAAGAUCAACCUGCACCUAAUCGUCAGCCGAAUUCAAAUAUAAAUUCUGAAGAAAACCAUUUAUCAUGUUUUCCAUUAAAAACCGAAUGUAUCAACACUUAUUAUUGCCUCUGAAGGAAAAAAUAUUUCCAAAGUCACAUAUAGUAUAUGAAAAAUAAUGUUUUCUGAUGAGCUCCUCAAGUAUUACAGCUAGAAAGGUCAAAAAAAUAAAAAACCAUUUUCAGACUUUAAAAUUUGUAAAGUCAUUAUAGACAACAAUUUCUCGAACAAAAGGAUAGUAGAAAUUACAUCAUCAGUAGUAUUAUGUCAUGGCUAG